GUCAACUGCCCACCCCUUUCUCUGAGGUCACUAGAGACACACCCCCGGGGCUAAUGCGCAGGCGCCGUUCUUCCCCACUCGCGGUGGGCUGUCUCGUUACGCAUGCCCGGACGGCAGCGGGACAUUCCACGGAUUUUACCGCCGGAAGUUCGGCGGCCAUUACCAAAGAGUGGGAGUUCGGCUGACUAGCUAGAGGGGCUUGUUUCCGCCCGCUCCUGGGUGGUGGGCGGCCAUUUUAGGUGCGUGCAAUUAAGGGCUGUGGAGGGAUUGGCUCCGCGUCUAGGUUCGUCCGCUGCUUCCCACCUACCAGGGCCGGAUCCGGAGCCCUUCCCCGCGGGGCGGGAUCUCGCAGCGGCCGACUCCUCUCCAGGUGAACGGUAACCCCGCUGAAGAAACACUUAAGUUCUGGAAAUAGCGACUCAGUAUCAUGGCCGGCAGCCCCAAUGAAGAUUCAGAAGGAAGCAGAAUCACUUAUGUGAAAGGAGACCUUUUUGCAUGCCCCAAAACAGACUCUUUAGCCCACUGUAUCAGUGAGGAUUGUCGAAUGGGUGCUGGGAUAGCUGUCCUCUUCAAGAAGAAAUUUGGAGGGGUGCAGGAACUGUUAAAUCAACAAAAGAAAUCUGGAGAAGUGGCUGUUCUGAAGAGAGAUGGGCGAUACAUAUAUUAUUUGAUUACAAAGAAAAGGGCUUCACAUAAGCCAACUUAUGAAAACUUACAGAAGAGUUUAGAGGCCAUGAAGUCCCACUGUCUGAAGAAUGGAGUCACCGAUCUCUCCAUGCCCAGGAUUGGAUGUGGUCUUGAUCGUCUGCAGUGGGAAAAUGUAUCUGCAUUGAUUGAAGAGGUCUUUGAAGCCACAGACAUCAGAAUUACUGUGUACACACUGUGAACAGACACGUGUGUGGAUGUGUCCACGUUCUCCUGUGUGAUCCCUACUGGACUGUAGCACUGGACGAACUGACCUGAAAACGGUCUGAAGAGAUUCAUGUGAAGUAGUCUGUGUCACAGGCCAGACUUGGGUUGCUGUAUUCUCAUGAUGGGACUGGAACUCUGGAGGAGGGAUUGCUUGGGAAAUGUUGCUGUGAUUUUUUUUUUUUCCUUCAGGAAGGUAAGGAGUAGAAUGCCUCAUAUUAGGCAAGGAAAUCAGAUGUUGGGCCUCUGACCUGUUUUGAUCCAGGAUACGACCUGACUUGUUUGGCUUGCCACUAGGUGGCAGCACUGAUAAUUACUUCUCUGCUGUUUUAAGAAAAGUUUCAGGAAGGAUGAACAUUUCAAUUAGUUUUGCGUCUUUUGUCAUUUGUGAGCUUGCUUGGUAUUAUCCUUAUGUCAUUCUAGGAGAGAAUUAUGGGUUUUGUUAAAGUUACAAAAAUGAGUCUUAGGUUGUUAACAAGAAAUUUGUGGUGACGGAAAAGGACAAAUAGACAUCUUUUUCUUGGGGGUCCAGUGAGGUUCUGUGCACACGGCUGUUGUUCUGGACCUGGGUAAUGGAGGAUUUACCUGUAACUAAUUGGGAAGAAUCAGACAAAAGGUCCAGUGGGAAGAGCAGCAGGGUGAGAAGAAAUAAGAAUGGACAAGAACUGUGGGUCAGCAUUACUAGAAAGGCAGAUGUUUAGAAUCUCCUCAGGGUGAACUCUUGCUCUCUUCCAUCUACCACAUAGCUUCUGCGAUUGAACGGGUCUGAAUUCAGUCAUGGAACAAAUGAAAUAAUGUAUAUGAAAUGUCUGCUAAAUUCCUUAGGGCAGAGUAAUGACUCAACAAAUCAGUGGUUCUCAACAAAAUCCUUCCUUAAUGAAUCUUUUAAGAAAAAGGCCCACUUUAAAAAUUCUAGUUUGGCAGUUUGGGGUGGGGUGGGGGAAAUGGCUAGGUUUCUUUGUUUCAUUAAGCUGUAGAGGAUUGUGAUCAUGCAGCCAGCUGGGAUGAAAAACCGUACAUUUUAGUCCCUUUUUCUUCUUUAGCUAAGAGGGCAGCACUUUAUCCACUCCAGUGUUUACAGUGAGAGAAUAGGUUCCUGGAUUCAGUAUCAAAGGUACUGGGAAAACUAGUGGAAUUCUUUUUUAUCAUUACUGUGGUAGUAAGAGUUAAGAUAGGGUUGCCUGGCUGGCUCAGUCAAUAGAGCAUGUGACUCUUAAGGUUGGGAAUGUGAGUUCAAGCCCCACAUUAGAGGUGGAGCCUACUUAAAAAAAUAAAAAGUUAAACUAGCCUAAACUAUUGAUUUUCUCGCUAGAGUGAAUUCUGGGUCUGUUGUAGGACUUGCUGCAUUCCCAAGUGUGAAAAGAACUGGGUUUCAGAAGGGGCUUGUUGAAACACUAGGAAAACACCAGUUAAAUAUAAUCUUUGUACUUUAGACUUGUGUUCUUAUCACACUGUAGUGUGAUAGGAGGCAGCAGUUUCAAAAACUAUUUCACUUCUUUUGUGUCUCUGGAACAGACAAGUUCAUGUCGUUGGGGUAGGAGUAGUGCAGGGCCAAGUUCAUUUUUGAACUCACACUGAGGCUUUUGAAGCUUUGCUUUUGUCCACAUACAGUAAAACUGAAGGGGAAAAGAGAAUGAAUACACAAUACAGAAAAUGAGAGUGGGAUGAUGGUAAGAGGAAACUUAGAAUCAAAGUAUUUUGCUUAACUAUGCAAAUAAAUCUUUGCUCUUGGCUCAAAA